AUACAUAACUGACGUCAUCGUUUGUGCUGUGCUACUAGAGCGGCAUUGAAUUUAUAUGUCCGGUUUUGAUUGUACAGUAAAUCAGAAGGAGUAGUGCUCAAAUACGAUCCUUUACUUUGUUGACCAGAUCUACCCGGCCUGUGGACGAAAACAAUGGCACUAAUCUCCCUCGAGGAUCUCGACGGAUUGGAGGAUGAAGAACUGGACAAUGACAUCACUGACGACCCUGAUUCAAUGGAGGACGACGAGCAGCAGAGGCUGUACACCCAUUGGCAGGCGAUCGCCAGCACACACCAGGUGUCCGUCCCCCGAGAAAUGACAGGACCAAUUCAAGAGCUUACGCAACGGAACCAAACCCAAGAAAGAGAGCAGGUCCCCUUUGCCUCCAUCUCUCAGGAUGAAAAGCUGGGCGAGGUGCUGUUUGAGGAGAGGGUAUACCCUGCAGGGAAGUGGGCGUGCAUCACUAAAGGGGAGAAGCUGUACGAGCAGAGCAUCUCCAUGGGCUUCAUGAAACUCAUGAAAUUCAUCUGCAAGGAGAACUCUGUCGGACGCUAUUUGGGAAUGACUGUACCCAUUGUGAACAGUAUACAAAUGCUGGAGGACGGCAAUGGCUUUCAGAAGGACAUCUUGACCGCAUACUACCUGCCUGCUGAGUUCCAGGCCAACCCGCCUCAGCCAACUGACCCAGACAUUACCAUACUCCAAAGGGAGGCUGUACGAGUCAUCACCCGGACGUUCUUCGGCACCACCACGGAGGAGACAAUCAUGCCUCAGAUUAACCUGCUGUGGGAGAUGCUGGGCCCCAGCGAGGAGAUGCAUCGCAACUCCUACAUGGUAGCUGUCUACGACAACCCUGGAGUGUCCUGUCGCAGGAACGAGAUCUGGUUCAUCCGACGAGACCCCUAAAUCUCUUAUAACAUUCACCUGUCCCCUCCGGUAUCAUCCCGACACCCCCCUAUCCCACCCACCCCCCCUCUGUGCCUCUAGGGUCACGUUCAUUGGCCGCUAAAUGGAAUAAAAGGGACAAACGGGGAGGGACUACCUGGAUUUGGUCCAAUAAGCAAGACUCAUUUUCAGUUUCCAAUGCAAAAUGUUUUUAAAAAUGUUUGUUUUUGUUUUUGCGUGCCCUAAUGAACACAACCCAGAUGAUUCCUGUAACGGGAUAGAGUGUGGAUUAAAAUGGGGGGAAUGGCUCUUGGGUUGGUUUUAGUGGUGAAGAUGACAAGAUUACUUUAAAGAUGGUUUUAGGUAUACAGUAUGGCAGGAAAAUACUUAUUUAACAUUCACUGAGAUUGAAUGUUUUUUUAUGCUCUAGGGGAGCACAAGAAAAUACUAACUUCAGUGGCAUCUAUACCAUGUACACAACCAAAUAUGGUGUUUAAAAUACAAGUAUAUUGUAUCUCUGUGAAAAACUGUCUGGGCAUUACAAGAGUUAACUCUUAUAUCUCCAUCACGUUUUAUCUCCAAAAAAAAUUAUCUUGCUUUUUAUGUAAAAAAAAAUGGGGAAUAUCAUCUAAUCAUUGCAAACUGGUGUCACAUAGUGUCACAGUCCGUUUUACAUUUCAGUCAUUUAGCAGACGCUCUUAUCCAGAGCGACUUACAGCAGUGAGUGAAUACAUUUUAAAACUUUUUUUCUUAAUGAUGUUGAUACCAUAAUGUUUUUUCUAAACUAUAAUGAUUAUGUGUUAUAGGUCUGUAACGUACUACAAAAAUGGUGUAUUUGCAGUUGACUAGAGUAGGCAUCUAGGUUUAACCUAUUAUUAUCCAUAUACAUAGGUAAUUCUGACACAACUUUAUAAUUCAAAGUUACUUGCAAUGAUAUGUGGGUGUCUUACUCUUAACUGUAAUUGAAUUUUAUCCUGCUAGUGAAUUUUGCCCACACUUUGCUACUUUACCUACACUUUGAGGCUGGUGUAGGGAUUUUGAGUAUAGGUGUCCGAAUAAGUAAAUGACUAUCCCUCUUCCCCCAGCCACAAAGCUGUAAAUAUUGAUAAGACAGAUUGGUCAUUCGUUACCUUCAGUUGCCACUAGGUGUCAACCAAACAGUAACGUUUGUAUUAUGUUUUUUGUCGAUUUAUUUUCUUAUUGGUGAAUAGCGAAUAUCUCACAAAUGAAAAGCUUUAUUUUGGUGAGGUUAGUUGUAAAUGGAGCUGAGACUGGGACCAGGCUCUUUAGAUUUUGAGGAAGGUUCAAGCUUUUUGAAGAUUCAUAACUAUAGUUAAUGAUGGUUGGGGAAUGGAAGUUUAAUUAAAGUGACUUAUGAACCUGUCUGUUCAGCAUGGCCAAAUGAUGUGCUCUUACUGUGCUUGCCUCUUUUUUAAAUAUAUAUUUCCCAGAAUAAGUGUGUAUUUGGUGUAUUUGUUUGUAUUCUCCAAUAAUUACUACGGUAUACUUUUGAUAUGUUAAAAUUGCACCCGUCCUCUCUUUUGUGACCUUGUAUUCCUAUGCUGUUUGCAACUGUUUUCAAAGCAUACAUUUGAAAAUUGCAGUGUGAAUUGUAGUGGGUUGCUUCAAUUUAAAGCUGCAAUAUAUAACUUUGGGCAACCUGACCAAAUUCAAAUAGAAUUGUGAGGAGUUAUAGAUCAUUCAUUCUCAUUGAAAGCAAGUCUAAGAUGUAGUAGAUCUGUUCUAUGUGUGUUAUUUCUGUGCUUCCGUUCUUAAGUUUUGUUUUGAACUCUUUUACUUUCUGUUUUGUACAAUAGCUUCAAACAGCUGAAAGUACUAUAUUUUUGGUUAUGGAAAAUAUAUUUCACAGCCGUUUAGAUGGUACAAUGAUUCUCUACACUAUUUCUGCUUGUUUUGUCACAAACCAAAAUUAGAAAUUUUAGCAAACAGAGAGAUUUCUGUAUAGUGCAUCUUUAAACUACUUAAAAGAUUGCCAGUGUGAGUUAAUGGAGAUUUGAUAUGCAUUUACACUUAAAAACGUACCGUGCUUUCAGAAAGUAUUCACACCCCAUUUACUUUUUCCACAUUUUGUUGUGUUACAGCCUGCAUUUAAAAUGUAUUAAAUUUAGAUUUUGUGUCACUGAUCUACACACAAUACUGCAUAACGUCAAAGUGGAUCUUUUUUUUUUAAACAAAUUAAUUAAUGCCUUGCAAAGAAGGGCACCAAUUGGUUGGUACAUGUGAAAGAAAAAGAAAAAUGACCUAUUUGAGCAUGGUGUAGUUAUUCAUUAGGCUUUGGAUGGUGUAUCUAUAGUCAAUACAAAGAUACAGGUGUCCUUCCUAACUUGAGAGGAAGGAAACCGCUCAGGGAUUUAAAACAGUUACAGAGUUUAAUGGUUGUGAUGUGAGAACUGAGGAUGGAUCGACAAUGUUGUAGUUACUCCACAAUACUAACCUAAAUUACAGAGUGAAAAGAAGGAAGCCUGUCCUGUUUGCAACAAGGCACUUAAGUAAUACUGCAAAAAAUGUGGCAAAGAAAUGUACUUUUUGUCCUGAUAAUACAAAGCAUUAUGUUUGGAGCAACGACACAUCACUGAGUUCCACUCGUCAUAUUUUCAAGCAUGGUGUUGGCUGCAUCUACCUACAUGUACAUAUUACCUCAAUUACCACGACUAACCGGUGCCGCCGCACAUUGACUCUGUACCGGUACCCCCUGUAUAUAGCCUCGCUAUUGUUAUUUUACUGCUGCUCUUUAAUUAUUUGUUACUUAAAAAAUGUUCUUAUCUAUUUUUUACUAAACACUUAUUUUUCUUAAAACUGUAGUGUUGGUUAAGGGCUUGAAAGUAUGCAUUUCACUGUAAGGUCACCUUGUUGUCACCUACACCUGUUGUACUCGGCGCAUGUGACAAAUACAGUUUGAUUUGAUAAUAUUAUGGGUAUACUUGUCAUCGGCAAGGACUAGGGAGGUUUUGGGAUAAAAAUUCUCCUUUCAGCAAGACAAUAACCUAAAUCAGAAGUCCAAAUAUACACUGGAGUUGCUAACCAAGAUGACAUAGAAUGUUUGAGUGGCCUAGGUACAGUUUUGACUUAAAUCUGCUUAAAAGUCUAUGUCAAGACUUGAAAAUGGCUGAUUAGCAAUGAUCAACAACGAUUUCGACAGAGCUUGAAGAAUUUUUAAAAGAAUAAUGGGCAAAUAUUGUACAAUGCAGGUAUGCAAACUCCUUUGACUUACCCCAAAAGACUCACAGCUGUGUUUGCUGCCGAAGGGGAUUCUAAGUAUUUUGUGUAGAUCAAUGACAAAAAAUGACAAAACCAUUUGAAUCCCACUUUUUAACACAGCAAAAUAUGGAAAAAGUAAAGGGGUGUGAAUUCAUACUGAAGACACUGUAUACAGCUUUUAUAAUCUUUGAACUGUACAAUUUGUAUUUUUAUGUAAAAUGAAAAUAAAAUAUAAAUAAAAUGG